CCCCCUUUUCUAACAAAUAUUGCUUUUUUAGAUCCGCUGUCACUCAUUCAGCUCGGAGUUCUCCAAGAGACGAUAACUUGUAAUACGGUGACAGUGAGUGUCUGUGCAUCAUGGAUGUGCUUAUGCCCUCCAUGCUAGGGGACGAUCCACACCUAAUGGCUGAGCCGGAGAUCCAGAUCUUUGAGCAGCCCAAGCAGCGGGGAAUGCGCUUCAGGUACAAGUGUGAGGGUCGCUCAGCCGGGAGCAUCCCCGGCGAGAACAGCUCUGACAACAACAGGACCUAUCCCAGUCUGCAGAUCCUGAAUUAUUGCGGUAAAGGGAAAGUGCGUGUUUAUUUGGUGACCAAGAACGAGCCAUACCGACCGCAUCCACACGACCUGGUGGGGAAGGACUGCAAAGACGGAUUCUACGAGGCCGAGUUUGGUCCAGACCGCAGAGUGAUAGCGUUCCAGAAUCUGGGCAUCCAGUGUGUGAGAAGGAGGGAAGUGAAAGACGCAAUCGUACAGAGGAUCACCAGAGGAAUCAACCCCUUCAGUGUGCCACACGAGCAGCUGCUGCAGACAGAGGAGUACGACUUGAACGUGGUUCGCCUGUGUAUCCAGGUUUUUCUGCAGGAUGAGAAUGGCCACUACACCCGACCACUCAACCCCAUCGUCACCAACCCCAUCUAUGACAACAGAGCUCCAAACACAGCUGAGCUGAGGAUCUGUCGGGUCAACAGGAACAGUGGCAGUGUGAAGGGAGGGGAUGAAAUCUUCUUACUGUGUGACAAAGUACAGAAAGAUGACAUUGAAGUGCGAUUUUUCUCCUCUGAUGGCUGGGAAGCCAAAGGCUCCUUCUCCCAGGCCGAUGUUCAUCGCCAAGUAGCCAUCGUCUUCAAGACUCCGCCCUAUUAUAACACCUCCAUAAUGGAGUCGGUCACUGUGCACAUGCAGCUGCGUCGACCUUCUGAUCAGGAAGUCAGUGAACCAAUGGAUUUCAGAUAUCUGCCCGAUGACAAAGAUCCUUAUGGCUACAAUGAGAAAAAACGCAGAAGAGAGAACUUGAUGAGGAUAUCAGGAUUGUCAGGUGGUCCUUUUGCUUGUCUGGCUAUGAACAGGCCAAAGGCAGUGCCCCAGAGUACCAUGAGUCACAUGCGGAAAGAUCCCAACAUGUACCUGAGGCAGCAGCCUACACCUACAGUACAGCAGCAGUCUACUGUAUUCAACCAACCCUACCAACCAGCCCCUCAGAAUGUAAUGAUGACAUCACAGGCUCCUAAUGUACCUGUCAGCCAUUCAUGGGCAAAUCCCAACCCAGCACCCUCAAUGGAAACAGUCACCGUAAACCAUUCUGGUGCCAUAAGCAAUCUGCCACAUACAAAUAGCAACAGGCAACAGUUGCCAAACCGUGUAACGGGUUACAGAAUGCAGCAUAACAACUUCGAGAACAACGGUCUCCCUCAUCUCUCCGUGAGGGACUUGCAGUGCUUGGAUACAGCCCCCCAGGCACCUGGAAUCAGCCAGUCAGAGUCCCAGCGCCUCUUCCACCUGCAUCACCAAAGGGAGGAGCUCACUUCUGAGACCCGGGCCCAGAAUCAUGUAGGCAACCAGAACCUCGGUCUUCAGAGUGUGUGGACCAAUUUCAAUACCUCCAGUUCAAUCCAGAACACCUUUAAUGGGUCAGUACCUGGAGGUGGAGGGGGGUCACAAGGCCUGGGCCCUUUCCCCUUGCUAGAGGGAAUGGAAGGGGAAGAUUUUCUGAAGGGCCUGAUGGGAGGAAGCUCUCAGACUGGCUUCCAGCUGAAGCAGGAGUCCCAGAUCACAGUGGGACAAGAGACCCAUACUUCACUCAUGCAAUCUCCAAGAGAAAGCCAGGGAAAUACUUACACCAACUUGCUUCCUCGACCGAUGAGCAAUGGCACCAACAUGGAUCCACUUAGGCAAGAUGGUAGUGGCAACAGCCAGCCUCUUAAAAAUCUGCAAAGUCUUUACUCAAGCACCAGCAUGCCAUCAGAUGUCCACUAUUCAGAUUUGGAUGAGUGGCUCAAAGCCACUCGGCAAACCGGCUACAAGGAGUAACAGUUUUUGGUAUCAAGUAGUAAACAGAGGCAGCUCCAAGAAAUGCAUUGUUUUUGUUUAGCCUUGCAAAGUGAGAAAGUUUGUCUCACCUAUCCUGGCCUUGUAAGGUUCCAUGGGCAUUUGCUUGAGUUAUUAUGUCAGUGGGCAUUAGAACAAAAUUAUUGUGAGCCAAUUGGCAUUGUUUUUACAAUUUAUUAUGGACUAGUUCCUUCUUUCACAAAGGCACCACCAAGACUGCUUCUUACUUGCCGAACAUGGCAUCUGCUAAGCUGUCAUUGGUCUUUGGUUCCGAAUAUUAAUCUGGACAGUCACAUUUCUCUUGAAAAUUGUCAAUUAAAUUUGAUUUCUUAAUAAAUUUGGCACAAGAAAUAGAUCAUGCUUUUGUUCAAACCAAGGUUUACAAUUAGUUUAUGGUGCGAUUCUGUACAGAUUCUACUCCCACCUGAAACCUGAGGUGCCAGGUUUUAUCGUUGUUCUAAUCAUUCCUUUUUACUGAAUGACUGGUUUGGCCAUCCCCUGCUGAUGCUAUGGAUGGAUCUCAAUGGAUAUUCUCCAGACAUGAGCUCACGUGAGUUCAACAAGCUUCUGCAAGGCUAAGGACCUGUAUGUGGAUGGACCAUGCUUUAGGUUGUAAUGAUCAAAAGACAUGCUGAUGGGUUCCAAGUUGGAUUUUUGAAGAAGCGAAUGUAGUACUUUCUUUCUUUCUUUUUCUCAGGUGAAGUUGGAUUCACUGUCAACAUACUUCAUAGUAAUCAAUGUUUAGCUGGGUGAUCUUGAGAAAGCAGGGGGGGGGGCAGGUGUUGGAGGUAAAUAGAUGCUAGGGAUUUACAGCUUAAAAAUGGCUUUUUAUCAGGAUUUACUUUUUAUUGCUUUGGAAAGCAUGGAUUUUUACAUAAUAUACUGUUUUACAGAUAUUUUAGCAGAGUAUUUUCUGUUAAGUGCCCUGUAUAUAUAUAUAUGUUAGCCAUAGUUGAGAGUGAAAGCAAUAACCAUGCUAAAACACUCAAGAACUGGCAAGGUACCGAAAUUUCCAUUGAGGAAGUUGGAGGAAGCACAUUCAGUGUUGUCUUUCCUUUGUAAUGACUAUGUCAUACCAGUGAUCAUAUGUUAUUCACAGUUCUCAGAGCAUUUCUACCAGAUGUUUUAUUGAUACAGAUGUUGAUUUUGUUUUUUGGGUUUUUUUUGUCGUUUCAUUCAUUCAGCUGAGGCUUUUACAAGAAGCUUCACAGAGCGUCUUGCUCAGGGGACACAUGAACAAACACUGGCUCUGGUGUGGGUGUCAAAUCUGUGAUCUGGCAGCAGCUCUGUCACCUCUAGCCUAGCUCAUCCUAGCAUGUUUUAUUAUCAUUAUUAUUGUUGUUGUUAUUUUACUUGUGCCUUCCAGAAGCUUUUUGGUUUUAAGUGAAAUUAAAUAUUUUGAUGACUACUUUGUAAGAUUUGCCACUUUGGAUUAUUUUCUACAGGAACAGUUCUUAAUAAAUGGAAUCUGUUUUAUUCCA